CGGCGAGUCUGUGCAUCCUUGGCGGAUAUGAAAGGCUGUGAGGCAUUUUCAUGGAAUCUGACCAGUGGCGCUGCAACGCCCUGCGCUAUAUAUGCCACCAUCACUGGACUCGUGAACACCACUGGAGUUACGACUUAUCUCUCAGAGAUUGGCCUUGUAGUGAAAGAAGGCUUCGCUAUAAACUACGGCAAGAUCUUACUACCAGCUCCAGUCGGAGUCGCUGCCAUGGACUACCAAACUGUCGUCCAGUGGUGUAUCAGCAAGGGAACAACAAUUUUCAUUCCCAGGAACACGGAAGACUGGAAUUUCAUGGUUCAGAUGCACGUGCUGAGGUCGUAUUCCCAUAUAUGGAUUCCCAUGACUGACAUUGCUGUGGAAGGCACAUACGUAUGGCAGGACGGAACAAGUACUGGUAACGCAACGUACGUGACCUGGGGUGGUGGACUUGUAGGCUCUGGCAAUAGUAAUACCAGCGACUGCGUGGCUGCCCAUUCCGGCGGAGCAAACAGCUUAUAUGUGCACGCCGACCCUUGCACCUUCUUGUAUAAUGGAUUCGUUUGUGUUAAGAAGUAGGAUACAGUCAAUACAUUAGGUACCCUUAACCACAUAAGGAUUUGAUCUGUAGCUCAGUCUAUAAAAGUCUUUAUAAAAUGUAUUUCAGAUUUUGUCAUAGACUAAGCAGUCAUUUCAGUACCUUAGUCAUUCCUUGCACAAUGUGGGGCGGCCUUCGUCUGGUAAUCCCUGAUUAGUCGCAUCUGUCGUCCCGAUGCUUACUAAGUGAUUUUAUGAAACCUGAUUGCGCGUUGGCUCCUGGUUCUCUGUAUAGGCGCGUCAAUAUGCCACGUGACCCUCAAAAAAUUACAACAAAAGGUCUAACAGCAGUUUUCAGUUCUAUUAGAUGUAUUUGGCAUGAGAAAAAUAUCUACCACUUUGAGACCAUCAGAAGUGCAUGAAAACUAGGUCAUCUCCAAAAUGGCUACCUACCCAUUAUUGAUUAAAUGAGAACAACUUAAAUUAGAUUCAUUUCUUUGGUAAUCCAAUUGGGAACAUGUCUUUAUGUAUUCCAAGGAUUUUCUAAUGGUUGUCUGAGAUUUUAACUAAUAAUAGCCUAAUAUCAAACAUGUUGGGAAGUCCUGAACGCUAGGCAUAUUGUCAGCUGAUGUAAUCCGAUAAGAUCCACAUGCAGAUGUUCCAUGCACAUCAGCAUGGAAGACUAAGUGUUCGUGCUGCAAGCAACUGUUUUAGUUACAGUUUAUCAUCUUUAGCAGUCUGUCUGGUGCAGCAUACAUAUCUGACAUAAUGGGUAUUAACUGAUUGUUCUCUGGUCUCCAACCCCAGCCUAAAGGAUCCAUUGGAGACUCUCUUUCCAUCCAUGUCAUGGGCUGAUAGUAUACUCGGAGGCUGUGAAAUUUGGUUGAGGAAUUUGUCGGGGUAGACGUUCAGGUGUCACAAAUGAAUUAACACAGGUCACCUUCUUAGUGAAUAUGUUAUAUCACAAAGUAACCAUUUAGAUAUGGUCUCACAACCAAACAAACUGCCAUAGCCUGGCAGCCAAGGUUUCCAAUCUCAGUGGGAGUUUUAUAGGGUGUGGUAAAUUCAUUUGCUGUGGCAAGCAGGACUGUUGUUGGAAGGGUGACAUUUUCCUAAUACCAUAAAUACGAAAUGUGGAAUCACGCCUUCUAAAUGAAUGUUGGAACAACAAUUGUGUACAUAGGUUUGACCUAAUAGAACUUUUUAUCUGGUUGAUGUCAUACACUUCACUAGUUCCUUUUGUCUGGUUAUCUGAUCUGAAAUAGAGAGUUUUACUCUCUGGUGUAGAAUGAUGAAGCAGUAGAAUCAACAAGUCGGGAUCUCCAAUCAACAUAGUAGAGCAUAAAGAUGCUACAUUGAUUGCUGCCUUAACAAUGUCCACAUCUGCAUCACUUUCAGACUGUAUGACUGCAAUCUUCAUCUUCUAUCUCUCUACUUAUAAGGUUAAUCAACCUCUGUUUGUUGGUACAUCUUGACAUAAAUUCCUCCCUCUUACUGUCAAAUUUUGCAUUGCUAUUGAAGUUCACAGCAGGAUAAAUGUUGAUUUGUCCCUGUUGCUGGUGUGUGUUAUCCUUAAUAGAAGGGCCUGAUCCAUAACCAUCAAAGACAAAGGAUGCUGUACUGCCAUAGUGCUUACUUGUAAAAGUGGCAUAGGACUUGGCUUUUUUACCAUAAGUGUCAACAUUUUUCCAUUUGAGCUUAUGGAAUAAAGAUCCUCCAUCGAUUACAUAUCUACCAGUUUGUGGGAUGUCAUCUUUGGUAUCAGAGCAGUUGAUGAGGCCUUGAUACAGUGUUAACUGAUAGCAUGAGGAAGCUAUGGUUUAUCAGCUUUGUGUAUCACAUCUUUGUUCUCGAACAGGGAGAGUGGAUAUGGGCUGAGUUUGUAUCUCAUUACAUCUUCCAAGGAUAGAUAUCCUGUAUUCGAAACUAUUAAGAAACAAUAGUAGGCCUGAGUCUAUGGAUCUUUCAGGAGUGAUCUUCACCGCUGAUGAAUGUCCUAUGGUUGAAGCUUUAUCUUUUUUCUUGAAAGAGGUGGAGAAUAUAGGUUGUCCAGCCAUAGUUUCAAUAAGCUUUUGUCACUUGUUUAUAUUCUUGUACAUUUGCUUCUUACUUGGCCACGGCACUAUUGAAGAUAUUUCUUAAAACAGGGUCAGGAGAAAAUGGCGAACAUGAAUUCAGUUUGUUCUUUAUCUUUGAAGUAUCAGAGGCAUCUCUUGUAAUUCAGCCCCAGUUGAAUCCCUAUGAUGUUCAUAAGUGAUAUAAGCAAGAUUAGUAAACUCUUGCAUAGCAUUGUUAAGCUCGGACAUUAUGGGAACAGACAUUGUUCACAGUGCUCGCUGUUCUUCUGUCAUCUCACUGCCAUUGGUCAAGCUGCCUAUACCUUUAGUAGAUCUCAUAAGUGUUUGCUCCUUGACUAGAUCGCAGCUUAGGUCUGCCCUGAACCAAUUAGUUAGACGGAUGAUAUGGAACCCUUCUUGGAGCUGUCUGUAAACAUUGAGGUUUUUUAUUCUCUAGUUGACUCAUUUCUUGGAUAUACAAAUAUGCUGAUUUGCGGUAGUUACAGUGGCCUGCUGAGGUGAAUACUGACAAGGAAUCAGCAAUGGCAUGCAAAUGGUGCAGCCAUGAACCAGUUCUAUCAGCUUUGAUUAGGGCUCGAGCAAUACCAAAUAUUUCCUGGUAGCCUAUGUACAACUGUCGGGUUUAAAUUAGUUACUAAGCUUCCUUAUUAUCUCAUCCAUUUUUUCCAUACUGAAAACAUUGUUAACUUCUCCACCACUUCUUAGCAUGCAUUUCACCUUAGACUACUUCCAGUAAGCUUUUCAGUCCUGUGCCCUCCAUCAAAGUACCUAUUGCACCAAGCACAUUCAUGAAGUUAUCAAGUCUGAGGAUUAUUUCUUUCAGAUUACUAUCCUGUGGUGCAGCACUAACGAUUUCAGCAGCAGCAGCAGCUUUCCAAUGUACUGGCUAAUCAGUUGUUAUUAUUGGAACAUCAUGAUGCCUAGAGGCCUGAAGUGAGGAAUUCUAAUGUUGACAAGAUACAAGUUCGUCUCAAUUAUUUUCCAGCCAUAUUGGAAGCCAUCUUGGAUAAACUUCAGUUAGACCUCUUACUUGAUGAAACUGAAUAUUUCUAAAAGUACUUCUACCUAAAAGCCAAAUAAUUGACACUAAAACACACAUACCUGUUAUAUCUAUUGUGAUGGUUUUAUUUUAAUGCCAGUGUCAGCCAUCUUGGAUUUGACCCACGUUUACACCACUUUCAAGUGGUCACAUCUUGGUAGCCUUUCUCACAUGCUUUCAGUAUAUGUAUUACAAACGGAAACUACUGAAAAACAAUUUGUUAGAAUUAUUUGGAGCUUGGUAGACUUGACCCGCCUAGUAAGUUUCGUGAAUCAC